AUGAAUACUCUCAGCAACAAAUUUUUGGGAUUUUUCGUCGUUCUCGUUGUAACGCUCGCUACCUUGACGGCUUCGAACCCAAUUCCAGAACUCGAUAAAAGACAUCCUGUCAUGCAUGUUCCAGCCCCGAAUUCAGCAACAGUCGCUCUCAACUCUAUACAAAAUGUCAGCUGGUGGUGUAAUGGAUGUAGUUCAAAGGACAAUGUAAUAGUUAAAGUAAGAGACGGUAGGGCAACAUACGUGCAAAUAAUUGGUAGAAAUGCUAAGAGUGGCACGGCAAUGUUUAUCGUCGACCCAACAUGGGCUACACUAGAUUAUGUGUACUUUGUUGAAGUGGAUCACCAAACGGAUAUAUCUAUUGCUGCAGAUAGUAAACCAUUCACGGUGGUUGCGGCAUAA